AUGGCCAAGAAAAAGAUGAAGACUCCGAUUGAUCGUGUUCCUAAACAUUCUCAACAGCCUAGAAGUUCGCCUCCUAAACGCCGCACUGAUUUCUCUUUUUUCAAUCGUGCUCCUCCUUCUUUUUCCAACUUUGCUAUUGAUUCCUCGCCUGGUUCAUCUUCUAACGAAAUGAGAUUGUCCAAUGUCACUGCAAGCAGUUCGCUAGAGAGAAGAAUGAUGGUUAAACAAUUUUAUAAAGAGGCCCUGGUUCGAUGCAGCAAGUACCAAGAGGGUAGACCCGUCUGUUCAUCCGAGUCUUUUGAUAUUUCAGUAGCAGAAUUGGAUUCAGUUGAUCUUUGCGGCAAUAGGGAUGCUUGUAUUAAGAUGCCAGAAUCUACACCUCGUGAAUCAUCUGUCAGUGAUAAUAGUUCUCCUGCUGUAACCCCUGGAAAUGUCGUAUGGGCGAGAACAACUUGUAAAAUGUGGUGGCCUGCUGAGGUCAUGGAAGAAAGAUGUGCAUUAUCUGACUGUGUUAGUGAUGGACAUGUUUUAGUGCAGUUUUAUGGAAAUCAUCCCAGUGCUUGGAUUGAUCCAGCUACAGAUAUUUCAAUUUUUGAGGAUUCUUUUGAAGAAAGGAGCAAUAACCCUUCAAAUGAUUUUCAAGUUGCUCUAAAGCAAGCCUUGCAAAGGAAGACACAACUAAGCUCUUGCCAAAAUUUGAGUCCUGAUAGGUCUGCUCACUCUACUCAGAAUGAUCGUUCAGCUGGUAAAUAUACAUCGCCUAGCUCAAGCAGAACUAUCAACGAAUUUCAAGAGAGACGGAGGGGAAAAAGAGAACGUAAACCCAAACUUCAUUUUGAUGAGGUGACAUAUCCAAUAAAAUCAGAAAAGAAGGACCGUCGGUUAAAGAUAAUGCGGUACCUCGGGCUUGCACCUCCAGUUGGUUCUCCUUUUUGA